CUAUGGAAGGUCUUUACUAACUGUCAAAAAGCUAGCUAUUUUGUUAAUAAUUAUUACAAUGUUGCGUUAUAUUUCUUAAUAGUUGUUAUAUUUCAAUGUUUAUUUGUGUUUGAUAAAUUCAGUGUGUUAAAUUUAUACGAUAUGGAGUCUGACUCUGCUCUUCAUGAUGAUGUUCCCGAUGGCGCGGAAAUGUCUCCUUUGAUCGAAAACCAAGCAGAAACAAUAGGAGAACUUGCUGAAAACAAUGUAGCGGCGGAUGAAUCUGAAGCUGCUCCGACAACAGAAGACGGAGUAACGAAUGGAGGUGCUCCAACAAGUAGCAGUGAUGUUUUGGGUCUAGAGCCAGGUGUAAAUCAGGAGAAUGAAGAGGAACCGGCAGCUGAGCCAGCAAAUCCUGAGGCAGAAGAGGAGAUGGAUAUAGAUGAAACUACACCUGGAACUGUUGGAGAUGAGUCAGCAUAUAUUGGAGAUAAUUGCUUGUCAACUCCAGCUGAGACUGAAGACAAUUCACCCCAAGAAGAACAAUUAGAGCCUCUACUGAAGGAUCAGGGUUUAGACGAUGAGGAUGCUGAGAAGGAAGGAGCAAACACGGCGCAGGAAGAGUCCCCCGACCAAUCGAUAAGCUCUGCCAUGCCCGUUGAAGGUGACAGAGCACCUAUGAUUCAAGAUGAGGAAUCCAGCACAAUGGAUGAGGACAUGGGUGGUGGAGAAGGUGUGGCCAGUAGUGAUGAUGUAAAUGACAUAAGCAGUGCUGCUCAAGAAGUUUUGAGUACGGGCAUCAGUUCAAGUACAACAGAAGGUGGCGCAGACAUAUCAAGCAGCGGACAGAGUGAAGCUGCUCUUAUUUCGUCCACUGCCAAUGGCCCUGCUAUACUGCAUUCCUUUUCUGUACUGCCACAGCAGCAAGCCAAUGAAUUCAGUGAUGCUGACACGUCAGAGAUGGAAGGAGCAGCAGACACAAUGCCCUCUGUGAGCGAGUCUAUGCCGCUUCUCACUAUGUCUGCCAAUGGAUCAGCUCUGCUUUCACCAAAUUUAAUGCAAGCGGAGGAGAGCGGCGCGGGCGUGUCGUCGUCGGGCGCGGGCGAGGGCGCGGCGGAGGGCGAGGGCGCGGUGAGCAGCUCGGGCGCCGCGGCCAACGGCGCGCCGCCGCUGCCGCCCGCCGACGCCGCGCACGCGCUCGCCACGCUGGCCAGCGCCGCGCUGCACCACCACGAGCAGGCAGAACCAGAGGAACAGAAACAACAAAAUGACGAGGAUGUUUGGUACACUGUCGGCUUUGUGAAGGGAACAACAUUUACGGUUCAAAACUACAUAUCUGAUCCUAAUGUGGAUCUUUCAAAUUUGUCACUGGAUAGUUUACCGGACUUCGCCAAUCUGCCUACAACACCAUUAGAACAUGGCACGGCAUACAAAUUUAGAAUUGCUGCAAUUAACUCUUGCGGUCGAGGUGAUUUCAGUGAGGAAUCUGCAUUCAAAACGUGUUUGCCCGGGUUCCCUGGGGCACCAUCUGCUAUUAAAAUCUCCAAGUCAGUGGAAGGAGCGCAUUUGUCGUGGGAGCCGCCUCAGGUUGCUGCGGAGGGCAUCUUUGAGUACUCCGUGUACCUCGCUGUGAGGUCUAACACUCAACCGAAGGAGGCCUCGAAGUCCCAGCUGGCGUUCGUGCGCGUGUACUGCGGCAAGGCGAACACGUGCGUGGUGCCGCAGGCGUCGCUGGGCGCCGCGCACGUGGACUCGUCCACCAAGCCCGCCAUCAUCUUCCGCAUCGCGGCGCGCAACGACAAGGGCUACGGGCCCGCCACGCAGGUCAGGUGGCUGCAAGACAUCAAGUCAGCGGGUGUGAAGAGAGCAGGCGAGGGCCGGUUACCUGGCGCGUCGCCGUCGAAGCAACCAAAACAAUUACUGCACUAAAUAUUAAUUUUAACUACAAUUCUGAGGUUUUACUUAGAGUACUUUAGUAAUAUAUCGAUAAUAAGUAAGUAAUAGACAAAUCUUAUUGCCUUUCUGUGCUCUUAGCAUAGUUUUAUCGUACACACUUCGCAAAUAUAUUUAGGUGUUUUGUAAUGAUGUUGUACUACAACAACUGAUAAUAUAGAUCUUUGAUUUUCAUCCUGGAACUGCGUUCAUGUGUGACGUCUUUUAAUGUUGAAAUAAUUUUGACUCUCAUUAUUGUUGACGCAAUAAAUGACUGAUGUUGUGUAAGUAUUCAAGUGAAUAUAGUAUAAGUGCAAAAUUAUAUCUAUUAUAUAAAAUAUCCUUGCAGAAAAUAAACAUAAUUUUUAAAAA